UGUAAAACAUCCUCAAUGUGCAUCGUUUCUCAUGCCGUUUAUUUGCGAAUGUAUUUCACCAUCUUAUUGGAUCAUCAAGAUACUUUUCUAACUUGAAAGCCGCUUGUUGUUUUUUGUGGUUCUGACCAGUGGGUUUGGUAGCAGAUACCUGGACAGGUUUGGAUUUGGCUAACGUGGAAACCCUUCCUACUCAUUUGAGAGUAUUUCGGCCUUUUGACCUGGGUUAACUUUAUUGUAGCUUGCAAUUUCAUAUGGGCUUAAAACGAACCGUCUCGAAAAAAUAACCACCAUGAGUGUACAUAGGUGGACACGCGUGUGUGCGCUAAGAUUUUUCUCCAGCUUUGUUCCGUUUUCACCUAAAAGCAUUUCGGGAACGCGGUCGUUUCCCCGUGGUCACGGCACCAGGUCGUCGCGGCUGUCGUGUCACGCAGGCGACGACCUCCUUCAAAACGGAGCCGUUCAGAGGCACCUGAAGCGGCUGCUGGCCGAGUACACCAAUAUCUCCAGCAGUUUACAGCAAGCAGAGGUUAGCGACUCUGACAGGAGGGUGUUAAACAGGAGGCUGCUUGAACUAUCAACUGUGGCAACGACAUUUCAGAGCUGCGAGAGCGCAGCAGAGGAACUGGCAGAAGUUGAAGCUCUUCUACAAAGUAGCACAGGUGGAGAAACCGAGGACAAACAAUUGGUUGAACUCCUCAAAGAAGAACAACAUGUUGUUGAAAAAAGAAUAUACAAUUUAAAGAGAAAAUUGAUAAAGACACUGGUGCAAAGUGAUGAGCAAGAUACCAGCAGCGUUAUCUUGGAGGUUGUGGCGGGGAGAACCACUGGAGGUGACAUCUGCCAACAGUUCACGCGGGAGAUGUUCGAUAUGUACCAAGCCUUUGCCUUCUAUAAGGACUGGGGUUGGGAGUUGUUUAAUUACACUCCAGCUGAUUACGGUGGCCUUCACCACGCAGCAGCGAGGAUCACAGGGGACGAUGUUUAUGGCUGGUUGAAGUUUGAAGGUGGGACGCAUCGUGUCCAGAGGAUUCCCGAGACUGGGCUGUCUUCACGUAUGCAACGCAUCCACACCGGGACCAUGACUGUCGUAGUCCUCCCCAAUACCGAUGACGUGGACAUAACCCUAGAUCCUAAAGACCUGCGAAUUGACACCUUUAGGUCAAGAGGAGCUGGCGGUCAGAGCGUAAACACCACAGACAGCGCUGUCCGCAUUGUUCACCUCCCCACAGGCACGGUAGCGGAAUGUCAGCAGUCCCGCUCGCAGCUACAGAACCGGGACACAGCCCUACGGCUGCUCAAAGCUCGCCUGCACCAAAGCAGUCUGGGGCAGAAGAUGGGAGAGAGAGACUCAGCCCGCAAACAGCAGGUGGGCACGCGGUACCAGUCAGAGAGGAUACGGACUUAUAACUUCAGCCAGGACAGGGUGACCGAUCACCGGAUUGGCUACGUGACCCGUGACACAAAGGAGUUUAUGAGUGGCGGCGAGCUACUGGAGGAGGUGAUCGGUAACCUCCAGGAAUGGAGCGAGCGGGAGGCGCUGCUGGAUCUGGUGACCAGCGCCGACACUGGACACGCUGGAGCUCACAGAUAACCUCACACUGUUGUAUCUGUUUCAAGCUCGGAAGUGUAGGAUAUCUUUUUUUAAUUUAUUAUUAUUUUUAAUUUAAUGUUUAUUGCUGUUCUUAAGAAGUUUAGUCUAACAUGGCUUUAUGUAAAGUUAUCAAACUGCAUUGAUUGCUGUAUAGAAAACCUUGAAGUGGAACAGAAGUGUUAAGUUGUUGAUUGUGGAAAUUAAGGAGAAAUAUGGUCCGAAUGAUGCAGCAGUGUGGCAGGACUGAAGACUAGUUAACGUAUCUGAGACCGCAGAAACGUGCGUUCUUCAGCUUCAAACUGAAGCAGGGAUCAAACAGCAAGCCGUCUGAUGCAUGAGGUUGUACAAAAAUUAUUGCAAGGACAUUUAAAAAGCUGCAUGGUUGACAUUUGCAGAACUCAUGUUACUACAGUGAUACUAGCUGAGAUGAUUAGUAAGAGAGGGUGGGGAAUUACUAUCAGCUCUGCCCAGUCACAGUGCUGUGCACACACACGCGCCGACAUUCAGCCUAUCAGACACAAACAUGCCUCCUGUGCCAGGAGCACAACACAAUCUUUUAUGAAGCAUGCCAGGUAUAUGCAUCUCUGUCAAAAAAACAUUUAUUUGUAACUCAUUUGUAUAAUAUAUAAAUUGUGCAGAAUUUGAAGAGUUCAGUUUGAAGAAUGAAGUAUGGAGAGGAAUUUUGGCUUUUGGUGGGGGAUGUGCAGAUAUCUUUGCCUGCACUUCUAGAAAACUUUAGAAAUUAUACAAAUAAAUACAUAGUCAAGAUGUAUAUCCUUGUCGUAGAAAUGUAUAUGGAUCUGCACAAAAAAAUUAUCAAGUCAUGGAGAAUUGCUUAAUAGUUAGUUAAAUUCCUCAUUCCAGUUUGAGAACGAUAUUUU